UAGGACGUCAUAUUGUAUUCCUCGUUUCCAGAAACGCACAAUAGUACUCCGUUUCAAACAUUUCAGCACACUGAAUUAACUGCAUGUAUCACAGAAUUAAAAGAGCAGCAUUUGAACUUUAUUGUGUAAGUACAUUUGGAGCCAGUUAGGGUCCCGUUUGUAACGCUGUGAAAGCAGUAAAUAAGCUAGUAGGAAACACUGGCGCCUUGAAGCCCCUUUUUCCUUUUCUUCAAUAACAUAGCUGUCUGACGCUUUUCCUCCAAAAUGAUGAACUAUUCUGACUACGACUCUGAUGGAUAUUCAUCUAAUGAAGAUGCAGACUACGUCCCGUCAGACGAUAACCUCAGCGAGGACGACAUUAAUGAGUGUGAAAAGGAAGACCCUCUGCACGAGGGUGACAGUGUGCCGCAUCCUGGCGAUGUCAUCAAGAAGAAGAGGAAGAAAAAGGACAUCAGUAUGAGAAAGAGAAAGAAAGGAGUACUGAAGGUAGACAAGGAGAAGGAUGGAGAUGGAGCAGAAGAGGUCCCGCCACCAGAGGAAGAGGUGGGAAAAUUCACUGAGGCACACGAGGAUGAUGAGGCAAAGCAGAAGAAAAAAUCCGAUGACCUGUGGGCAAGUUUCCUGUCUGACGUUGGAUCCAGACCCAAAGACCCCACACCUGCCUCACAGUCAGGUACCACAAAGAAGGAUGAUUCCUCAGUAUUGCAGGCUAAAUGUUUGAGUCCAACAACAAAAGCAUCAGAACCUGCUAAAGUCACCAUCACUAAAGUUUUCGACUUCGCUGGAGAAGAAGUGAGGGUGGAUAAAGUGGUAUCAGCAGACUCCAGGGAAGCUAAGAGUUAUCUGAAGAGCCAGAACACCAUACAGGAAGAGAAUGGAGACAAGAAGGAGAGCUCAUCACCCAGCGAACAGCCUCCUCCUGGCCCCAGUGUCAAGCGUCCUGCAGGCAUGUCGAGCAUCCUGAAUCGUAUUGGGGGAAAGAAACAGAAGAUGAGUACGUUGGAAAAGUCAAAGAUGGACUGGGAUGCUUUUAAAUCAGAGGAGGGCAUCACUGAGGAGCUGGCCAUCCACAACAGAGGCAGAGAGGGGUAUGUGGAGCGGAAGAACUUCUUGGAGCGCGUCGACCACCGCCAGUUUGAGUUAGAAAAAGCAGUGCGACAGAGCAACAUGAAACAAUGACACACACACACACACACACAGAGUAGAACAGAUGUUUAGACUUCCUGUAUCUUGCUUUCUCUCUCUCUCUAAUGACACAGUUGCCGUUCCUCCAGUAAAGUGAGCUCAGACUGGUGCUGUGGCUCGAGUCUAUUUCAGGACGGGGAUAUUAAUAGGGUGAGUUUGUGGAAUGAUGGGGUGUUGAGUGUUCUUGUACUUCCAUCCUUGUGAGAACCAAUUUGAUUUUCAAACCUUCACACUGAGGGCAUUUUUUGGGGAAGUGAGGUCAUUCUUUCCUGUCCUACUUCCUCACAGGGUUGAGUCAGGGCUAAAACUUAGUUUUGGGGUAAAAGAAUAAAUCCAGUUUAUACAUUUACUUUUAUAGUUUUGUCCAUUUUUUCUACCUGUCAUGAUGAUGUCUUCACCAAGUUAACUGCUGAGAUCUGGGAACACAGUGAUGCCAUACAAAGAAGUCUGAUAGGUCAAGAAACAUGAACAGCCAGGUGAUCUAUUGUGGAAGUAAAACCCAAGUUGAAGUGAACCAGAGUUAUACUCUAAUACUUAAAUCAUUAUCAUCUCAUUAUGGUUAGGGUAAAGGUUGAGGUUAGGUAGGGCACUGAGCCAACUGACUGGCUAGGACCCGUUUCCACUUAGCAUUAAAAUGCGACCUGUAUAUCUGGAUACCUUACCUGAAUCAGAGAAAACACAUUUAGAGGUUAAAACAACUGUUAUAAAUGCAUUUUGUAUGAGAUCUCAGCCAGAUGUAAAUGACACCUGUACCAUAAAAAUCUGCCCCUACCCAACAAGUUGAAAGGUAACCUAUAACUCUGCCUCUUCCUGCUGUCUCAAGCUGCCCUUAGACAGCUGCACACAGCACCUUCCUCUGCAGAUCCAUACAGCAGCAUCUCUUCAGGAGACUUCAGGACAAAGGGAUUGUUUGGAUUUUUUGAAGUGGAGUUGUGUGAGUUACUUAUCCAUAGUCAGUGUAUUACAUACAUUAAAUGUCAGUUGGGCCAACCCCAUUACUGAAGGCCAAAAGCUGUUACUGGCUUCAGUUCCCCAUCUAUGCCCUCGUCAAAGCCACCAGACUACAUUGAGAGAAACAGUGAUUUAACAUCCCUGAACAUAGGAGCUGCUGGUCUACCGCUGCUUUAAUCAGUUUGUUUGUGUUAUUGUGUGACUUUGGUGAAUCUGAACUAACCUUUUUAAAUGCAAAAGUCACACAAUAACACUGUUUGAGGCAACGGUAGACCAUCAGCUCCGAUGUUCAGCAAUGUUAAAUCACUGUUUUUCUCAAUGGAGUCUUGUUCUGAAGAGAGCGAUAGAGUGACAGUAGGUUUCUUGGCUUGUAUGUCAGACUCCACCUGCUUCUCCAAAGUAGGGGCGUGCCGACGUAUGUGUAUACUGUCUAUGGUAAGUAUGUGCACGUUUUUCUGAGUGUACUAACCAAAAAGACUGUUGCAAACAUCAUACAGUAGCAUACUACCCAGCACUAUGACAUCUAAAUUUCAAAUUCUUUUUGAUGACAUCCAUUUUUUAUUACAGAAAUUUAGAUGUCAUAGUGCUGGGUCGUGUACUACUGUAUGAUGUUUGCAACAGUCUUUUUGGUUAGUACACUCAGAAAAACGUUUGAAAGAUUGAAACUGUAUUAAAAUUCUACAGAUAGGGGCUUUAAUCAGCAGAGGGAUAGAUGCUGUGAGGUCUGGUUAAAUUAAUGCAGUUGUUGAAUGGAUUUUUCAUUGUUUCAGUGUUCAACCAAUAAUGUUUUUUCAGAUCGUUAAUGAUGUUUUUGGAUUGGGAAAAAAAUGUGUUAAAAUCUGAACUUUGUCAUACUGUUUAAACCAUCAUGCAACACUGAAAAACCCUGCUGACCACUGUAAAAAUGAUAACAUGUAUUCAUGCAUUCAGGUGAAAAGCUUUCUGGGGACACUGUACAGAGCACUGUAAUGCUGAUCAAUACCACAAUAGAAGUGUAAUCAAUUAGUCUGCGUCUCAUCCAUCAUAAAUGAGAGGGCCACACUGACUGCCGAUCCCUCAGGUGCUCUUUUGUCCUAGUUAUGAACAAACAUGGAACAAAGGCAGAGGGGUGAGAGGAGGAUUGAUGCAGAAGAGGGAGAUUUGAUGUUUUAUUUGUUUAACUGUUGGGUCGUGACGCAGCUCUCUGUUUGUUCAUGUAAAUAUUAGAUAUUCAAUAAACACAAACAGGUCAUUUUAA